GCCGGAGGAGACGCGCGGCCCGCUCGCCCCCGACCGCAGCCCCGCCAGGGCCCUCCCCCGGCGGCGCGCGCCCGGGCGCGCAUUCACUUAAACACCUUUCCUGGGCUUCUGCCGGGCCUCGCCUGCCCCGCGCCGCGGCUGAACCCCGGAGGCGCGAUCAUGGGGAACAACUUCUCCAGCAUCCCUUCUCUGCCUCGAGGAAAUCCCAGCCGGGCGCCCCGGGCUCACUCUCAGAACCUCAAAGACUCCAUUGGGGGCCCCUUCCCUGUCACCUCUCACCGAUGCCACCACAAGCAGAAGCACUGCCCGCAGGUGCUGUCCGGUGGGGGGCUCCCUGCCACGCCGCUGCUCUUCCACCCCCACACCAAGGGCUCCCAGAUCCUCAUGGACCUCAGCCAUAAGGCCGUCAAGAGGCAGGCCAGCUUCUGCAACGCCAUCACCUUCAGUAACCGCCCAGUGCUCAUCUACGAGCAAGUCAGGCUGAAGAUCACCAAGAAGCAGUGCUGCUGGAGUGGAGCCCUGCGGCUGGGCUUCACAAGCAAGGACCCGUCCCGUAUCCACCCCGACUCGCUGCCCAAGUAUGCCUGCCCCGACCUGGUGUCCCAGAGUGGCUUCUGGGCCAAGGCGCUGCCUGAGGAGUUUGCCAACGAGGGCAACAUCAUAGCCUUCUGGGUGGACAAGAAAGGCCGCGUCUUCUACCGCAUCAAUGACUCUGCUGCCAUGCUCUUCUUCAACGGGGUCCGCACGGCUGAUCCGCUCUGGGCCCUGGUGGAUGUGUAUGGCCUCACCCGGGGUGUUCAGCUGCUAGACAGCGAGCUGGUGCCCCCCGACUGCCUGCGGCCGCGCUCCUUCACAGCGCUGCGGCGGCCCUCGCUGCGCCGCGAGGCGGACGACGCGCGCCUCUCCGUGAGCCUGUGCGACCUCAACGUGCCCGUCGGCGAGGGCGACGGCGAGGGCGACGGCGACGGGAGCGCGCCGGCCUCGGCCUGCCCGAUCCCGCAGAACUCGCUCAACUCUCAGCACAGCCGCGCGCUGCCCGCGCAGCUCGACGGCGACCUGCGUUUCCACGCGCUGCGCGCGGGCGCGCACGUCCGCAUCCUGGACGAGCAGACGGUAGCGCGCCUGGAGCACGGGCGCGACGAGCGCGCGCUCGUCUUCACCAGCCGGCCCGUGCGCGCGGCCGAGACCAUCUUCAUUAAGGUCACGCGCGCGAGCGGCGGGGCCGGCGCGCGGCCCGGCGCGCUCUCCUUCGGCGUCACCACGUGCGACCCCGGCACGCUGCGGCCCGCCGACCUGCCCUUCAGCCCCGAAGCCCUGGUGGACCGCAAGGAGUUCUGGGCCGUGUGCCGCGUGCCCGGGCCCUUGCACAGCGGCGACAUCCUGGGCCUGGUGGUCAAUGCCGACGGCGAGCUGCACCUAAGUCACAACGGCGCAGCCGCGGGCAUGCAGCUGUGCGUGGAUGUCUCGCAGCCACUCUGGAUGUUCUUCGGCCUGCAUGGCGCCAUCACGCAGGUCCGCAUCCUCGGCUCCACCAUCCUGGCUGAGCGGGGUGUCCCAUCGCUCCCCUGCUCCCCUGCCUCCACACCAACCUCACCCAGUGCCCUGGGCAGCCGCCUCUCAGACCCGCUGCUUAGCACAUGCAGCUCUGGACCUCUGAGUAGCUCUACUGGUGGGACAGUCCCCAAUUCCCCAGUGAGCCUGCCUGAUUCUCCACUGAGCUCAAGCCAGUGGAGCUCUGAGUGCACCAUUUGCUACGAACACACGGUGGACACGGUCAUCUACACAUGUGGUCACAUGUGCCUCUGCUACGCCUGCGGCCUGCGUCUCAAGAAGGCUCUGCACGCCUGCUGUCCCAUCUGCCGCCGCCCCAUCAAAGACAUCAUCAAGACCUACCGAAGCUCCUAGCCCCAUGGUGGAGCCCCACCCUCUGCAUCCAUCUCUGCAGACUGCAGGCCCAUGCCAGCUGAGGGCUAGGCUCAUAGGCCUCUUUUCUUCUGUUGGGAACUGCUGCUCCUUUUCUAUUCAUCAUGGGAAACGAAGGCCCUGAAGGUUUUGGCUGAGAAAGGGGCCUGGAAGGAGGGAGGGCGGAAGCACAUCACAGGGAGAGGCCACGCCCCAUCUUUUCUUUUCUGCAGCCAGCUCUUCCCUGCAUGCUGAGGGGCUAACUGGGGUCUCAGCCUGUUGCAGCCCCUCUCCUCUCAGGAGGUUCUUGUGGCCCCUAUGGGCACUUUGGCAAGAAUUAGAAAAUGCCUGUCUUCUUCUGGGCAUUCCUGAAUGAGGGUCCGCAGCUUGGCUGGGGGAGUAGGGACUGGAUAUUGUAUCUGUUUGCUCCUUCAGCCUGCUGCCACUGAGCAGCACACAACCUGUUCAACAGGCCCUGGGCGUGCAGCUCCUGAGGGGCAUCUCACUCCAUACCUGUGCUCUCCUCUUUCUUUGCUUUACUGUGUAUUGGGCCUGGCAGUGGACUCCUCCCCCAGGUAUCUGCAGCCUCUGUGCCAUGUAUCUUUCCUCCCACCCAGGUUGCAGAGGGCUGGCUCUAGGCCCGCUGUGCCUGCCUCAGGCUCAGCUGCCAUGGCCACGACCCCUGCUGGGUAUAGCCUUCUGCCACAAGCAUCUCGCUGGGUGCUGUUGUCCAGAGAUGCCCUUUGGUAUGGGCGGGGGUGAAUCUGUCUGCUGGUAGGGUCUCUUAAGAACAGUCUGCAGCCACCCCCCUCGGGCCUCUGUUCCCACAUCUCAGUGCCCACCUGGGCCUGAAACUGGGCAGUGGCCUCAUUAGCCAUCAUGUGCCCAGAAGGAGCCAGGGUCCCAGUGGGAGGGGAUUCCCUGGGCUAGGAGUAGCUCUUCUCCUUAUGUUUAUUUAUUUAUUUAUUUGGUUCUCAGUUUUUAUUUGUGGGUGACCCUUGAUCUGGGGCUCUUAGAAAAGCUGCCAUGUAUGUGGGGUACCAAGUACGCGGCAGCAGAAUCAUCACUCAGAAUCCACCAUGCCCCCGCCACAAAGCCCAUGGCCACCUGUCUGAGUUGGAACUUCCCCCAAAGCGGCCAGGCUGGAGUUCUCCUGGAGUCUGUUGUGCAGAGAGGCAAAUGAGCCUCCAGAGGGCUCCACUGGGCUUGGUGGCCCAGUGGGAGCCCCACAGUGCUCCUGGGAGCUGGGCUGCCAAAGGGGCCUCAGAUGACCUGGAAGUUGACUCCCCUCCCCCUCUCUCCCCACCAGGGGGUCUUCAAGGGUCCUGGGAAGGCUGAGAGAGGGAGCCCAUGUGGGCUGGGGAAUGGUUAAGGGCCCUUGUCAUAGGGGCCCCAGUUCCCCACUGCUCUUAGGAAAGGUGCUGCCCCAGUAAUGCUGGAAGGUGAGGCCUGCUUCCAGCACCUCUGGGGUCUGCAGAAUGGAGAGGGGGAAGUGGCGCCCCUGACACCAUUCAGUGAGUCCCCUCUGCCUUCCCACCCUAGCCCAAACCAGUGUAGAAUCUUGGCCUUGACUCGCUAGCAUCCCAGCCCUGUACCCCCAGGUGGCUGUUUUGCAUCCUCAGGGGUGGUUUCUUCUGUGUCAGGCUGGGCCUGGGGUUCUAGUCCUGACUACUGACUAGUCAUAUGGCCCUGGUCUGGUGGUCACCUUCUGACCCCUGCUUCCUAUAAAAAGGGGUAGUUCGGCAGACUUUUUGGCCCUUGGGGGAGGCUGCUGAGAGUGGUGUGUUGCAGAGGCCCAGGGAACAGGAACCCAGCUCUGGCAAAGGCCUGAGGGGCUGUGGGAAGUCAACUCUCCAUGGCCCUGGGAGACCUAGCCAGUGAAUGGCUCGUUCCAUUUGGGGGUCCCGUCGGCAAGGCAAAGAACAGUGUGAGAUGCAGAGGCUGCCUGCCAGCAGGAGAUGGAGGAAAACAAGCCAUUGUCCAUCCUUUUAGCGGUGGGGCAGCCACCACCAGCUUUGUGAACUCGGGUUGCUGUGAUUGUGAAUAAAGGUGAUGUCAUACCAGCUGGAGGGCUGGAGGGA